AUGGGGGAAACUGAGAUUUUUGCAUUUCAAGCAGAAAUAAACCAGCUAUUGAGUUUAAUUAUCAAUACUUUUUACACUAAUAAGGAAAUUUUCCUUCGUGAAUUAAUCAGCAAUUCCUCUGAUGCAUUGGGUAAAAUUCGAUUUGAGAGCUUGACUGAUAAGAGUAAACUGGAUGCACAGCCUGAGCUUUUCAUUAGAAUUGUUCCUGAUAAGGUGAAUAACACACUCUCCAUCAUCGACAGCGGUAUCGGUAUGACGAAAUCAGAUUUGGUGAACAAUCUGGGAACGAAGGAGUUCAAAAAAAAUCAAGAAGACGAUGGAGGCAUAACGGGACAGCAGCAUGAGCGCGUACAUGUCUAG